CCUUUCUUUGUGGAUUGUGAUGGAGAUCCAAGAAUUGGAGUGCCUUCCGGAAGUGGAGGAAGACCUCCUGGAAAAGGAGUUUUCUGAGGCAGUGGAUAUCGUUUUAAGAGGUCGGGAGAUUUGUUCCCUUUUACCGGGGGACAAAUUUUUACGGCUGAGGGGGCGCCUCUUAACGAGACUGUUCACGGAGGGGAUAGUGUCGGAGGGCCUGCUCUCCGUGACUGCGGAAAACAUCCAGGAACAUCCGGAAGACAUCGCCCUAGAUAAAAAGAUUCGCCUAGCGAAGGUGGAGUUGGCGGUUCGGGAGAGAGAGGAAGACAGAAGAAAUUCGCUCUCCAGAGGAUACGCAGUUCGAUUUGGGAACUGGGAGGUGGCACCAUACCGCAAGGCGGAGACGGCCUUGUGGUUCUACAGCGGCAAAUUGGUGCAGAACAUAAAGAAAAUAUACUCCAGGACGCGAUGGCACCAGGAGUAUCGAUGGGACUCGGGAAAGGCGGCGUAUUUCUGUCGAGGGUUUUGGGCCGGGAAAUUGUUCAAAAACCCUCUGCUGGUCCCGGGUGAUGUUUCCGGGUUGAAGGUUACCAGUCGGGAUCCUUCCGACAGGAAGAAGUCGCUGGUUCGCUUUUUCUCCGCAUUACCCAGAGUGGCACCUUACGAAGGAUACCAGACCAUGGAUGACAUCCUUAGCCUAUCCUUCGUACAGGUGUUCUCCUACGACCGGGAGGGAAAGCAAAAGAUCUUCGGAUUCUGGCAAGUGACCUACAGAGUGGAACUUACAGAAGCAUGGGAGCUGAUCGAUGAGUCCGGAUUUUUAAAGGAGGUAGAGGAGGAAAAGAAACCGCGCGAUGAAGGGGAGUGCUCCGAGCCGCGUCCCGGCACGAGUGCAGAUUAGGGCAGGUGUGCCCGUUCCGUCGCUGCGCUAAUUUCCACAUUCUUUUUUUUUUUUUAAUUAACGAAUAAAUGAUUAAAAGUAAAAUUUCUAAUAGCCAAACUUUUCCGCUCAUUUUACAAAACUCUUCUGUCUACGGCGUUGCCAAGUUUACGUUUCUUCCACACUAGCGAUGUGUGCGCAGUGGAUAAAAUUAUAUUACUUUUAUUUAUUGCAUAAGAACUGUACUGUAAAAUUCUCAGUUUUUUUUUUAUAACUCCUAAUAGAUCAAUCUACAGCAUCUUAGUUUUUUUUUUUUUGAAUGCGGUUAACUCUACUUUCGAAAAUAUUCAAUAAAAGGUUGGGUGUGCGAAGAAGUAUUCGAUAUCUCCUGUGUAAAAUCGUACAAUUUCAAAUGUUUACAACUUUAAAACUAGAGGAUAAAUUGAGUUGAAAACAUUUUUCUCUUUUUUUUUUUUUUUUUACAAUCAAUAAAUCAUAUGUUUAUUAACUUAUACUUAGAGUUUCAUUAAAAAUUUCAACUAAAUCAAUUUUCGAGAGAAAUACUUUAAAUGCUUUUAUCAAUAAGUGAAAUAUUGUUUGUAGUUUUGAAUCAUAACACCCGUAUUAUCUAUCCUGUUCAGCCUCCUGAUUUAUUUCUUUCUUCCUUUUUUUUUUUUAUAAUUAGUGAGAUUUUAUUUAGUAA